CAGACUAUAAAGGGCAGGGAGAAGGCUGUUGAGGGCAAGACUACGGGCAGCUGAUACCAAACCGCUCUAUAUAUAGAUUCCUGGGCCUGGUCACUGCGUUCGAGGACACAGCCACACACGUUUUGCCUUCCCGUGGUUAAAACUAACAAGAAAAUAGCUUCUCUUGUAGUUUUAAACAAGAAUUAAAAUGAACAAACCUAAAAUUGCCAGACCGGACGAGAGUCAGCCUGCACAAGCACUGUGGUAUGACAGAAAGAAAUAUGUCACCGUUACCUUCUUGGUUCACAAACCUAAAGAUGUUCAAGUGGACUUCCAGCCAGACAAAAUGAUUUUAUACUGCAAAAACGACACAGAUGACGUGAUCUACAAUGAGCUGCACUUCUACGAAAAAAUCUAUAUCAGUGACUCCAGAGAAAAAGUCUUUGACCGCACCAUCAAUGUCUUGCUGAGGAAGGUGAAGCCUGAUUAUGCAUGGCCUCGUCUCCAGAAGGAUCCAGCGAAGCCCAGUUGGAUUUCUGUGGACUUUGACAACUGGAGGGACUGGGAGCAUGAAGAAGAUGAAGGAAAGGAAGAGUACGACAGAUACGUAGAUAUGAUCCAAGAAAUGGCUAGCAGUAACAAAGGAGAAGCACCAGAUAUGGGGGAUCUCAGUGAUUUUGUUACCUCUGUGAUAUCCUGCUGCCCAGCCGAGCUGAAACAUGAAGUCAAUGGAAAGAAAGAAACUCUGAAAGGAUUCAACGUGAAGCUCCAAGACACCAUCUUGUUUCCCGAGGGAGGAGGCCAACCGGACGACCACGGUCUGAUCGGAGAUGUCCCAGUUUUGAGGGUGACGAGGCAGGGUCCAGAGGCCGUGCAUUUUGUGGCCUCAGCUCUGGACGUGGGUCAGGAGGUGCAGUUGAAGGUGGACUGGGAGAGGAGGUUUGAUCAUAUGCAGCAACACUCAGGUCAGCAUUUGAUCACAGCUUUAGCCGACACGAUGUUUGGAUACAAGACCACAUCCUGGGAACUGGGGCGUCAGAGAAGCACCAUUGAGCUUGACACUCCCUCUGUGAAACCUGCACAGCUGCAGGAGCUGGAAGAAGUUGUAAAUGCGAAGAUCAGAGCUCAAGUUCCUGUGACUGUUCAGCUUCUCUCUUUAGAUGACCCUGCUGUGGAAAAGGUGAGGAGUCGAGGGCUGCCAGACGACCAUGCAGGGCCCGUUCGGAUCAUAGAUAUAGAGGGUGUCGAUGCCAACAUGUGCUGCGGAACCCAUGUGUCCAACCUCAGCCACUUACAGGUAAUAAAGCUAUUGGGAACUGAGAAGGGAAAGAAAAACAAAACCAACCUCAUCUUCCUGGCAGGAAACAGAGUUCUGAAAUACGCGGAAAAAAGCUACAGCACAGAGCGUUCCUUAGUGUCUCUUCUGAAGACUGGACCCGAUGAGCACGUCGAGGCAGUUGACAAGUUGCAGAAGUCUGUGAAGCUGCUACAGAAAACUAACCUGAGCCUGCUUCGAGACAUGGCUGUCUUAGUCGCUCAGAACUUUAAGAAUGACCCCCAGAGAGGCAACUUCUUCACCCUGCACAAAAAAGAGGGCGACAAUGAGUUCAUGAACAUCAUAGCCAAUGAAAUAAACACUGAGGAAACUUUGGUUUUCCUGACUGUUGGGGAGGAAAAAGGACCAGGUUUGUUUCUGCUGGCUGGACCCAGUGGACCAGUGACGGAGCUAGGACCACGCGUGUUAGAGUUGCUCCAGGGGAAGGGGGCUGGGAAGAACGGACGUUUCCAAGGCAAAGCCAAUAGCCUGGCACGUAGAGGAGAGGUGGAGGCCUUAUUGCAGCAGCACUGCAAACAUCACACCACAGAUGAAGAAUAAACCCAGCAAUCCUUCAGUCACAAUACAUGUUUGAUAUUUGCAUAAGGGAAACAAUUAAUUUUGCUUAAUCACAUUGUGUAAAGAAAAUGAUGUGUUAAAGUACACAUACUAAGAAAUUCUCUUAAAAAUGUAAAUAACUGGGAAUGACUGUACAACAUGUGCUGUACAUAUCUUGUCUAUUUUAAGUAUGAAAUGUGAAGUAUUGGAUUAAGUCAUUCAAAAAACUAAUUUGUCAACCUU